AUGGAAUAUAAAAUUAAGUCUCCUUUAUUUAAUAAAAUUGCUAUAUUUGUCUUUUUAAGUUGGAUAUAUCAUUUUUACCAUGAUGUCUGUACUCAUAGCAAAUUUUUAAAUAAAAGAAGUAAUAAUUGCGGAAAAAUAAAUGAAAGAACAUAUCGAUUACUGGGAAAAUGCAUAAAGGAUAAUUAUUCAAAUAUUUUAGGUUUAAAAGAAGAAAUACCUAAUAGUGUUGAACACAAGAAAAAAGAUAUAACUUAUAUUACGAAGAAACCCUCAAAAAAAAAGGAACAAUCUCUUAGAAAUCCAUCAAAGUUUUUAGGAUGCCAUAAAUCAGCUAUGAAAAAAAAAGCUAGUAUAUUUGAAACAAAAAAAUAUUCUUAUUUAGAAAAAAAAAUAUUCAAAGAACUUGAUUAUGAGAAUUUUCUUAUAAAUAACAAGAUAAUUAGCGAUAAGUUGUACAAAAAAAUAAUAUGUAAAAAAUACAGAUUACGAAUCACCUUACCUUUACUAUUUUUCUUGUUGUUGUCAUUAUCACUCAUAUUGGAUUUUACUGAGGGUUGUGGACUUAUAUAUGGUUUAUUUAAAAUAAUAAUAAUUGUCAACCCAACUAUGAAUAGUACUGGUAAAUCAUAUGUUGUUUUAGAAUCUUUGGCUAAUUCGUUGAAGGAUUCACCAUUAGAAUGGCUUUUUAAAUCUGUGGUACGACAAACAAAUGGUAAGACUUUUGUCUAUCGUAUAACAGGUUUUUUUGGAUUUCUAAUAUAUAUUGUACCUUUCUUUAUAUUAGGUGCCAUACUUGUAUCAGGGCUUUUAUAUUAUCAUAAAAAAGUUAAAAAGUACCAAAAAAUUAAGUUCAAAAAAAGAUAA